AUGUCUACAAAAUCUCGAGAAUUUCAAUUUAUUCUUGGAACAUCCCAAAGUUACAAAAACUCGAAGACAAUCGAAGAGGAAUAUUUCGACCAAAAAAUAAAAGUCGAAAAACUGUUAGUAAAUCCCGCAUAUUCCAUUUAUUUGUCAUUAGAAGAAUUGACAGAAACUUCUGCUAAUUCGAGAGAAGGUUCCAAAUAUACGAAAAAUGAAAGGGAACAACCGCCGCGUUCCUUAAAUCCUUUUAUGAUUUUUCGUAAAAAUUUUCACAAAGGUUUACGAAAAAAUAAAAUAAAAAUUCAAAACGAUCAAAAUUAUAAUGUUAAAAAAGCAGAUAUUAUAUCAACUUUGGCGACCCAGGCAUGGAACGAACAGGAAAAUCCGGCUGUAUAUUAUCUUUUCAUAGAACUAGCCGAUCUAGCAAAAAAACAAUACAUAAACAAAAUUCCAGAAAUUUACGUAGAAAAUCUUUAUAUGAACGAUUUAAUGAUUUUCCCUAAUAUUGAAAUUGUCGAAAAUCAAAAUACUGAAAAUACCGAAAUUGCUCUGGAAGAAGAAAAUGGUUGUCUUGAAUGCAAUAAUUAUUAUCAAUUAACAUCAUAUUCUGCUCCUUAUGACGAAAAUUUUUCUUCUCCACCGUCAGAAAACUUCGAAAUUUAUCAAAAAGAAAACAUGUAUAUCAAUUAUACCAAUUAUCAACUACCAUCAACAACAAAAGAGCAUGUACAACUCGAAUUAAUUGGAAGCGACAACAAUGGAUAUUUCGAUAACAAUUUCGAAUGUGGUUUAUCUUCCACCUCUUAUCAUUUAUUACCACAAUUCAACUUUCAUUCAAUUCCCUAA